UAGAAACAUUGUUAAUCGGUAAUUCGAUUAGAUUACCAUAUGUUAAUGCUAACAUAUAAUUUUCUCGUAACUACAGUUUUCCUUACAUGCUCUGUUUUUCAUCAGGAUAUAACUGUACUUUCACAAGACCUGAAUUAUGAAAUGUCUGUGUAUUCCCCAUUCUCCAUGGUUAACCCGGGUGAAGAUUUUCCGGCGAUUUGUCAAAUAUCAGGUUUUGAUGCAAUCACCAUUGUUAACGAUCUGGACGUCAAAUGGUUCCACAACAAAAAACAAAUAACCACCUUGUGUCAACUGGAGGAUAUCUUCUCAUACAAGUAUGAAUGUAAUGAGAAUUCCAAGGGAAUGAAAAACAUCAGUUUUGUUCUCUAUGUAGGAAAUGUUGAAAAGUCCGAUGAAGGAAACUUAACUUGCUUGUGAGUUGUCAAAAGAAAUCAAAGAAAAUGGGAAAUGGGUGAGGAAUGAUCUUAUGGAAGUCGAUUCUGUUUCCUUUAAAGUGAGAGGUACAUGUAUUUAUCUUUUUAAUCUUUUAAUUUGUUAUGUUAAACUCGUAUUUUAUUAACAUCCUUAAGUAAGAGGUUUAAUGAAUGAUCUGUAAGCAUCUUAUCUUAGAUCCGAAGAGUUUGGUUAACGAAGAUGACUGUUUGAUUGUAUGUUGUUUAACGUCGUUCUCGAGAACGUUUUACUCAUAUGAUGACUGUACCACUUGCCGGUGGAGAGCUGCAAAUUUUGUCCUAAACUCGACAGUUUCGGCCAUUGAGAUAUGACGGAUCUCAUUCGUGCCAGCA